GUCUAUCCAUGUACCUCGUCUAUGUUAUAUGCUAUAUCAUAAUUGUUAUUUUGAAACGUGGAUCUGCCGGGUUGAUUCAGUUUCAUUUGAAUACGUAUACAACGUUUCAAGUAGUUUUUAAAUAUGGAAUACAUAUAUCGAUUACCAUUCAAAGUAUUGGAAGUACCUAAUUUAAAAUUAAAAAGACCAUCAUGGUUUGUGAAACCUAGUGCAAUGAUUGUUUUCUCAUUCAUACUUUUAUCAUAUUUCUUAGUGACAGGAGGUAUUAUAUACGAUGUAAUUGUUGAACCACCUAGUGUAGGAUCAACAACUGAUGAGCAUGGACAUACUCGACCUGUAGCAUUCAUGCCAUAUCGUGUAAAUGGACAAUAUAUUAUGGAAGGGCUUGCAUCUAGUUUUUUAUUUACUUUAGGAGGAAUUGGCUUUAUAGUGUUGGAUCAAACGCAUAGUCCCUCAACUCCUAAACUAAACAGGAUUCUUUUAAUAUGCGUUGGAUUUAUCAGUGUUAUUGUAUCAUUUAUUACCUGCUGGAUUUUCAUGAGGAUGAAAUUACCGGGAUAUCUACAGUUAUAAACCUAAUCUACGCUAGUGUUCUUCAUUUUUAUACGGAUAUAUACAUUUGAGUUACAUGCAGUAAUAUACACUAUUCUAUUAUAUAUUAGAGGUAUUAAAAAGAAUGUAAUUUGUACAUAAAAUAAUAAUAAAAAU